AGGCACUCGCAACGGAGCUGAAUGUGCUGGACGCUGCCAGCAUCCAGGAACUCAAGUGCUUUGCGCGGCCCCCAAUGCUGGUGCAGCUGGCAGCAGAGGCGGUGGCUGUGCUGCUGGGCCGUAGCUGCAAGUCUUGGCCGGAUUGUGCCAAGAUGAUGAACCCUCCCUGGGACUUCCUCAAGGAGCUGAAGGAGUUUAACAAGGACGAGAUUCCGGAGAGUCGGCUGAUGGAGGUGGAGUGGUACGUUCACCACCCAGAGCUCACUGCGGAGAACGUGAGCCGAGUUUCCAGGGCCGCCACCGUCUUUGUGGUUUGGGUCCACGGCGUGUACAAGUACGGCAUGGCAAAGGCCCAAGCGCAGCGCCGGGCUGCCACAAAGUGAGCAGCUCCGUACCUCGCGGAGCGCCUUCUCGGCGCCUAAAACACGCCUGGUGUCAAUGGUCCGAGGUGAACUGGGGUGUGUCUUGUAUGUUUCUUGUUUUUAUUCGACGCCCCUAAUUG